AUUGGAUAUUUUGCAAUUGGAAAUGUAUGGAGUCCCUCCUAAACUUUCUCAGACCCACUUGCUCUUGUGUAUGUUAUCCAGGGCGCAGGCGAGUGCACAGCGACCUCACCCUAAGAGGCAGGCACGAACCAAACAAAGGCCUGCAGGCCCGGGUGGGCCCCUCACAGGGCUGUCAUCACAGCAGCACACAUUUCACCAGAGUUGGAUGCCCUGCACUUGUCCUGAAAUGCACCCAGACUGCCCAGGGAGCCUGCCCCACCCUCUGGGUAAGGUGCGUUAUGUAACAGCCGCCCUGCUGGCUCAGCUGGGCUGCCUUUGCACUGCCCUCCAGUAAACAAGCUCUGCAGCCAGGCUGGGAAAUCGUUGCACAAGGAGGCCAGUGUUUGCCAGUACUGGAAAUCUUGCUGAUGUUUGCACAUCCAGCUCCUGAGCCCGGCAACCCUGGCAGGGCCCCCAGUAGCCCAGGCCAGUUUUUAUCCCACGGAGCCUAGUUAGAAACUUCACACCAUGCUAGAGGAUAGCUGCUUGGGAGGGCUGUCCCAGGAGCGGAUGUCACCCAAGCCCGCGAGCUCACUGCUGGAGAGGACAGCAUUUCAGACCCAUCUGUCCCCAUGUGCCUCCACAGAAGGUCCAGCGAGACGACAACCACGCACCUCCAAGUGACCACCUGCCUCAAACACGACCUUCCAACAGGACGGCUCUCCAGUGCUAACGUUUGUCAGCCUUCCACCCCUGGGUGCUCAAGGACGCCUGCAAACGUUGCUAAGAGUAAGGUAGAAGAGGCCAUCAAGAUAGCAAUUGAUGCAGGCUACCGCCAUAUUGACUCAGCUUAUAUGUACCUAAAUGAAGAAGAGAUUGGGAGGGCCAUCCAGGAGAAGAUUGCCAAUGGCACUGUGAAGAGACAAGACAUAUUCUACACUUCGAAGCUGUGGGGCACGUUUUUCCAUCCAGAAUUGGUCCAAACUGGCCUGGAAGUGUCACUGAGGAAAGUUCAGCUGAGCUAUGUGGAUCUUUAUCUUAUUCAUUUCCCAGUGCCUUUGAAGCCUGGGGAGGAGAUUGUGCCAAAGGACGCACAUGGGAAAAUCAUUUUCGAUGAGGUGGAUCUCUGUACCACGUGGGAGGCCCUGGAGAAGUGCAAAGAUGCGGGUUUAACCAAGUCCAUCGGGGUGUCCAAUUUCAAUCACAAACAGCUGGAGAUGAUCCUGAACAAGCCAGGCCUCAAGUAUAAGCCCGUGUGCAAUCAGGUGGAAUGUCACCCUUACCUCAACCAGAGCAAACUGCUGGACUUCUGCAGGUCCAAGGACAUUGUCUUGGUUGCAUACGGUGCCUUGGGGUCUGACUCAGACAAGGAAUGGGUGACUAAGGACAGCCCAGUUCUCUUGAAGGAUCCAGCACUCAAUGCCAUCGCUGGAAAGCACAGGCGAACUCCAGCCCAGGUCGCCCUGCGCUACCAGCUGCAGCGGGGGGUGGUGGUCCUGGCCAAGAGUUUCAAUGAGAAGAGAAUCAAAGAGAACUUCCAGGUUUUUGAUUUCCAGUUGACACCGGAGGAUAUGGAAACUCUAGAUGGCCUGAACAGAAACAUUCGCUAUUUUGAAGACAAGUUGUUUUAUAGUCAUCUAAAUUAUCCAUUUUUGGAGGAGUAUUAACAGCAGUGUCUGUGGUUGCUCGUUUUUUGAUUUUGCUUGGUGAUUGACAAAUGUCUCAUGGAUGAGAAAGUAUCUGGUUUAUUCCAUGUUGUUUAGCCUUAUCAAUCACAAUAUGGUGCAAGUCCCUGGAUCAGACAAUAGAAGUCUCUAAACUCAGGCUUUUCUGCCAAAAGUACAUAAAGGUACAUUUUUAACUACCUAA